AUGAAGCUUAUCGCCGCUUACUUGCUCCUCUCCCUCGCCAAGGAGAACCCCUCCGCCGAGGACAUCAGGUCCCUCCUUUCGUCUGUCGGUAUCGAGGCUGAUAACGAGCGCCUUGACAAACUCGUGUCUGAGCUUGAGGGCAAGGACAUCAACGAGAUCAUUGCCGAAGGCAGUCAGAAGCUCGCCUCUGUUCCCACUGGAGGCGCUGCUCCUGCUGCCGCUGCUGCUGGCGCCGCCGUCGCUGGUAAUGACGCUGCUCCCGCCGCCGAAGAGAAGGCGGAGGAGAAGGAAGAGUCUGACGAUGACAUGGGCUUUGGUCUCUUUGACUAA